CGCGCGAUUCUCUCUCACCGAGAAUCUCCAAAAGGUAGAAAAAAAAGUUUUGGCGGUAAAACAACCUAACACCCAUGACGUGUCUAUUUCCCAUUGGUCUUCGAUGUAUGUAUGUAUGUUGGGUAUGAUUGGCAUGCCAUGACGACGCAUGUUGGUUUUCCCGCGCGACCACAAGGGUGUUUUCCCCCACAAAGAGGCCCAAUCUAGAGAGAGAAAGAAAGAGAAAGGGAAAGAGAUAGAGAGAGAGAGAGAGAGAGAGAUAGGGUUCAGAGAUUGAGAAAGAGAGAGAGAGAGAGAGAGAGGGAGAGUUUUUUGCUUGUGAAAAACCCUCGUCUUUUUAGCUUUCGAUUCGAUCUGUGAAAACUUGGCGGUUUGCUCAGGUUUUCUUCUCUGGAUCUGCUGCUUUGUGAGAGCUCAGUAAGAGAUCACUCAGAGAUCUCUACUGGUUCUUCUUGCUCCGGAGCCAACGCUGGGUUUGAUUUCGAUUUACUGAAUCAGCUAGGGUUUGAUGAGUCCGCCGGCUAUGGAGAAGACGGAAGAUAAUAAAGUUUUAAAUAGUUUGCAUACAGAUGGUGGCAUUGUGGAUCCCAUGGAAACUCGUUUUACCGAUUUCUGCAAGAGUGGAUUAUCUAUGGAUGAAAACACUUAUAUGGAAGCUUUGAGGCUGUUUAAAGAGACCAAACAUGUACUAUCAACGAAUGUGCCUGCCAUCGGAAAUGGAAUGCCUGAAGAAGCUGAACGCUACUGGAAUGCAUUUGUCGUGUUUGCUGUAAAGAGGUUAAGUGAUAAGAAUGCAGAUUAUGUGCAGCAGAGUCCUGAUGAUAAUGGAAUUACUCUAUGCCGGAUAUUGAGAGCUGCAAAGCUGAACAUUAUGGAUUUUUUCAAAGAGUUUCCUCAGUUUGUUGUUAAAGCUGGUUCUAUUUUGAGUCAUCUGUAUGGCAUGGAUUGGGAGAACAGGAUUGAGGCAAAGGAAUUACAGGUCAAUUUUACGCACUUGAGCCGUUUAAUCAAGUACUAUCAACGCGCGUGCCAAGAAUUCUUCUUGACAAGUGAUGCCAGUAUUGAUACCACUGGUCAUAUGUCAAAGUACCAUCGUUUCGGUUGGUUGCUGUUUUUGGCAUUGAGGGUGCAUGUGUUCAGCCGCUUCAAGGACCUAGUGACUUGCAUGAAUGGUUUGGUAUCUGUACUGGCUAUUUUAAUCCUUCAUGUCCCUGUUCACUUCCGAAACUUUAGCAUCAAUGACUCUCCAAAAUUUGUUAAGAAAGGCAACAAAGGCGUGGAUCUGCUUGCAUCCCUUUGCAACAUAUAUAAUACCUCGGAAGAUGAGCUAAAGAAGACAAUAGAAAAGGCCAAUACUUUAAUAGCGGAAAUUUUAAAGAAGAAGCCUCGUUUGGCAUCUGAGUGUAAAGUUGAAAAUCUUGAGAACAUCGAUCCAGAUGGUUUAGCCUAUUUUGAUGGUUUGAUGGACGAGUCUUUGUCAUCUAGUGUAGAUAUUUUAGAUAAAGAUUAUGAUGAGGCAAUUAGGAAUAAGGGUGAACUGGAUGAGAGGGUGUUUCUUAAUGAGGAAGACAGCUUACUUAAUUCAGGGAGCUCGUCAGGAGGUUCCAUGAGUUUAAGUGGUGUCAAGAGGAAAUAUGAUUUGAUAGCUUCUCCAACAAAAACAAUUACAAGUCCACUCUCUCCCCAUCGCUCUCCUGGUUCUCAUGCUAAUGGAAUUCUUGAUGGUGCUAAUUCAAAGAUGGCAGCUACACCUGUGAGCACUGCAAUGACAACAGCAAAGUGGCUUCGGACAGUUAUUUCUCCACUUCCAGCAAAACCAUCACAGGAGCUGGAAUGCUUUCUUGCAUCAUGUGAUAGGGAUGUUACUAAUGAUGUGAUUCGCAGGGCAAAAAUAAUAUUGGAGGCCAUAUUUCCGGGCAGUGCUCUGGGAGAUAGUUGUGUAACUGGGAGUUUACAUAGUGCUAACCUCAUGGACAAUGUCUGGGCAGAACAACGAAGAUUGGAAGCAGUCAAACUAUAUUUUCGGGUACUGGAAGCAAUGUGUAGAGCAGAGGCUCAAAUUUUGCAUGCUCCUAAUUUGACCUCUUUAUUGACUAAUGAGAGGUUUCACAGAUGUAUGCUUGCCUGCUCUGCUGAAUUAGUUCUUGCAACACAUAAGACUGUUACAAUGUUGUUUCCUGCAGUGUUGGAGAGAACUGGUAUCACAGCUUUUGAUCUUAGCAAGGUGAUAGAAAGUUUUGUUAGACAUGAGGUAUCUCUUCCUAGAGAAUUGAGACGGCAUCUAAAUUCAUUGGAAGAACGCCUUUUGGAAAGUAUGGUAUGGGAGAAGGGUUCCUCAAUGUACAAUUCUUUGACAGUUGCAAGACCCUCUCUCUCUUCAGAAAUAAAUCGUCUUGGUUUAUUAGCAGAACCGAUGCCAUCUUUGGAUGCAAUUGCCGACUUCUCUUGUGGAGUGUUGCCUCCAGUACCUUCUUUACAAAAGAAUGAGACGUCACCAGGCCAUAAUGGGGAUAUCAGGUCUCCAAAGAGACCAAAUGCAGAGUUUCGAAGUGUACUAGUAGAGCGGAAUUCGUUUACAUCACCUGUGAAGGAUCGUCUUCUACCCUUCAGUAACCUUAAAUCAAAGCUUCCUCCUCCCCCUUUGCAGUCUGCAUUUGCAAGUCCAACGCGGCCAAAUCCAGGAGGUGGGGGGGAAACAUGUGCAGAAACUGGAAUCAAUAUUUUCUUUAGCAAGAUUAUUAAGUUGGCUGCUGUCAGAAUCAAUGGUAUGGUAGAAAGGCUGCAACUGCCCCAGCAAAUCAGGGAGCAUGUCUACUGUCUUUUUCAACAAAUACUUGGUCGGAAGACAGCACUUCUCUUUAACCGCCAUAUUGACCAGAUUAUCCUUUGUUGUUUCUAUGGUGUUGCAAAGAUUUCUCAACUUAGCCUCACCUUUAGGGAAAUAAUUUACAACUAUAGGAAGCAACCACAUUGUAAACCCCAAGUUUUUCGCAGUGUGUUUGUUGAUUGGUCAUCAGCACGUAGUAAUGGGGUUUGGAAGCAGAGACCAGGACCGGAGCAUGUUGAUAUUAUUACAUUUUACAAUGAAAUAUUCAUUCCUACAAUAAAGCCUCUGCUGGUAGAGCUUGGACCUGCUGUACCAAGUGCAAAAACUAGUAGGGUUGCUGAGGUGAACAAUAACAAGGAUGUUCCAUGUCCAGAAUCACCUAAGGUAUCAUCUUUUCCAAGUCUCCCCGAUAUGUCUCCGAAGAAAGUAUCUGCAACACACAAUGUCUAUGUUUCUCCAUUGCGGACGUCUAAGAUGGAUGCCUUGAUCUCAAAUACCUCGAAAAGCUAUUACGCAUGUGUUGGAGAGAGCACUCAUGCAUACCAGAGUCCUUCAAAAGAUCUGACUGCCAUCAAUAAUCGCUUGAAUGGUACCCGGAAGCUCAGAGGCACACUCAACUUUGAUGAUGUUGACGUUGGCUUGGUUAGUGAUUCUAUGGUGGCCAACAGCCUGUACCUUCAAAAUGGGAGUUCUGCAUCCUCAUCAGGUGCGCCACUGAAAACUGAGAAACCCGAUUACUAAUUCAAUGGAUAACCUUUCUUUCUUGUAUAUUCUUACCUCAGUCCUUCCUUGGUAUAUCAUAAUCCUUGCAUUAUAAGUUUAUGACACGGGGUAUUGUACGAGCGGUGAGUUAUUGUAGAAAAAGCCGCCACUCACCCCUCCUCUCCUCUUCCCAUGUUCUAAUGUAUGUUAGCUCCCAAAUUCAGAAAUUUGUAGCUGCUUUGAUUAAUUUAAUAAAAUUUUUUAGUAGCUUGCUUUA